AUGAAACUCACCCCCCUCGUCACCCUCUUGGGGGUCUUUUUGGCUUGGGCGACCUACAAGAUCUAUGCUGGCUUUAGGAGCAAUAUUGCCAAAGCUCGGAAAACAGGGUAUCCCGUUCUUGUUACGCCAAUCUACCCCCUCUCCCCCCUCUGGCUCACAACCCGGCACUUCCUCCUCCCCAUCCUUACUCGUCUGCUCCCUGAGCGGCUCUACGCCUCUUAUGUCUUCGUCAUGACGCCCGACUGGGAAUACCACCCUUCUCCGCGCUCGCAUUUCACUCGUCUGGGAAGCGACACGUUUGUCGUGGCCAGCUGGAACGGGCUGGCGUGCUACACCUCGGAUGCGGCCGUCAUAUCCCAGGUGAUGAGCAGACGGGAGGCGUUCCCCAAGGAUACAAGGCAGUAUGGGAUUUUGGAGAUCUUUGGGAGUAAUGUGGUGACGACGGAGGGACAGGUGUGGAGGAUGCAUAGGAAGGUGACGAGCGCGAGCUUCAAUGAGCGGAAUGCGGGACAUACGUUUCGGGAGGCGGUGAGGCAGACAAGGGGGAUGGUAGGCGGGUGGUUUUCGUCUUCUUUUUCUGGUUCGCAAGAAGAGGGGCGGCGGGGCGGAGAAAAUGAUGUGGAGGAAAUGACGGGCAUUAUUACGACUCUGGAGCACGAUACCAUGCGCUGGGCGCUAAACAUUAUCGGGUACGUCGGCUUUGGGUUGAAGCUGCUUUGGCCGCACGAGUCCAUGCCUGUGGACAUGGAUCCGAAGCUGGCCAAGUACGGGAGUUUGCAGCCGCCCAGCGGGUAUUCGAUGACGUUUGCGGAUUCGUUGGCGACGGUUUUGGAGAGGAUCGUGAUCUUGUUGCUGAUUCCUUCGGCGGUCCUCAAGCGGAUUCCCGAACGGUGGGGAUCGUGGGGAGCAAAGUUGCAUGAGGCGUGGGAAGCAAAGGUGAACUAUUCCAAGUACAUGAACGCCUUCCUGACGGAGAAGGUGCAGGAUAUUCGGGCGGGAGUGCAGGAGAGGGAGGGGAUGAAUAUCAUGGGUCAGCUGGUCAGGAGUAAGUAUGACCCGUCUUCCUCGGAGAAGAACGACGGCGCGACGAUGAAGCUGGAAGACAGCGAGAUCAUGGGUAACGCUUUCAUCAUGACCCUUGCUGGACACGAAACAACCGCCAAUGUCAUCCACUUUACCAUCGUCGAGCUGGCUGUGCACCCCGAAGUGCAGCGGCGGGUGCAGCGAGAUAUCGACGCUAUCUUUGGGCGCGACUCCGACCCGGAGACAUGGGACUACGAGAAGAGCAUCAACGCCUUGCUUGCCAGCUACAUCGGGGCUGUGAUCAACGAGACCCUGCGCCUGAUUCCGCCCGUGGUGGUGACGCCCAAGCGAGUAGCGGAUACCGACCAAUGGGUACAAGACGGAGGACAAAGGCAUCAGAUGCCCGCUAUGAUGCCUAUCAUGCCUGUUAUAUCGGCUGUACAAAGGAGUAGGCGCUAUUGGCCUGCUCUUCAUGACAAGACAACCAAGGAAGGAGACGCGGAUGAUCUGGACGAGUGGCAUCCCGAUAGGUGGUACUUGCCUUCCAUGUCUCAGGGGCAACCAUCAACCGACGACGAAAAAGGGGAGGCGAAACAGCAAGAAGAGAAUUACGGCGGAUACCAAGGCACCGACACCUCGCCCACGCUUUUUCGGCCCGUGAGGGGGUCGUUCAUUCCCUUCUCUGAUGGCGCGCGUUCCUGUCUGGGAAGGAGGAUUGCCAUGGUGGAGAUGGUCGCUGCCAUUGCGGUGCUGUUUCAAAAGUACUCGGUUGAGCUGGCGGUGGAUGCGAGUGAUGAAGAGGUGCAGAUGAUGGUACCGGAGCAGAGGAGGCACGUGUAUGCAAAGGCGCAGGAGAAGGCGAAGGAGACGGUUCAGCAGGCGCGAUCGGUGGUGACGCUCAAAUUGACCGGGGGGAGGCAUGUGCCGGUGAGGUUUGUGAGGAGAGGGAAGGAGAGGUUUAUGGGAAAUGAGAGGCUAUGUUAG